GAAGAACGACUUUCCGUAGAGUUGCUCGUCGGGACUUGCCAGACUCAAAGAUGGCAGCCUCCGUGCGGACGCUGGCAGUGGGGCUUCUUUCCCGCCUGCAAGCAGCUGCCCCGAAAGUGCGGACGUUGUCCGUUUCCCAUCCUUCGACCCAGAAGUCCCCGGGCCGUUUGUGGAAACUGGGCCGCUUGAACCACAUAGCCGUCGCGGUGCCCGAUUUGGAGAAGGCCAAGUUUUUGUACAAGGAGGUGUUAGGAGCCAGUGUGAGUGAGACUGUGCCUCUUCCCGAACAUGGCGUCUACACGGUGUUCGUGGAUCUGGGGAACGCCAAGCUGGAGUUAUUGUACCCGCUGGGAGACCACAGUCCAGUGGCCAGCUUUUUGCAGAAGAACAAAGCCGGAGGCCUCCACCAUAUCUGCAUCGAGGUUGACAACAUUAAAGACGCCAUAGCCAACCUGAAGGAGAAGCAAAUCCGGGUGUUGAGCGAUGAGGCUAAAAUAGGCGCCCACGGGAAACCGGUCGUUUUCCUGCACCCGAAAGACUGCGGUGGAGUCCUUGUUGAACUGGAAGAGGCCUGAGUGCGAAUCCUGGCUGCGGGACCCGGAAAUGAACAGCCACCUGAUGGGAGCCAUGGCUCAAAUUCUGGGGGUGCGUUUAAAAAUCAGAACUCUUAAUGAAGCGGUUGGUGAAGGGUUUCACUGUCGUGCGAAUGGCCGUGAGAGAGAAAAUCAACUUGAGUGACUGUUUGGGGAUGUCUCCGCUUCUCCCUGUUCCUGUUUUGCCAGUUGAAUCGACCCAAAUUAUCUUUUUUUUGUUUUUCAGGUGGCUUGGGAAUGCAUAGCUGCCCUGCAUCUAGAGUGUAUGCUAAGGUUUCCCUAUUCGCCUGGGCAUAAUUUUGAAUCCACUUUGUAGAUUUCUUGAUCAUCCUACUGUAAUUUUGCUCUACAUUAGCACAGGGCUUUUUUUGUAGCAGGAGCUCCUUUGCAUAUUAGGCCACACCUCCCUGAUGUAGCCCAUCCUCCUGGAGCUUACAGCAGGCCCUGUACUAAGAGCCCUGUAAGCUCUUGGAGGAUUGGCUACAUCAGAGGGGUGUGGCCUAAUAUGCAAAGGAGUUCCUGCUGCAAACAAAGCCCUGCAUUUGCAAACCAGAAAGCGGCGGUUUUCCAGCAUCACCAUUCCAAGGGUUGGCAUUGACUGAUUCCCUCAAUUGGCCUACUCACUAACAGGAUCCGCAUUCUGGGAUUGCUAAGCAACUCUUCUUGACGGCUGUCAAUAAGCCCCAUCUUUGCAAGUUGCCAUUUUUGGUUCCUAAUCAGAAAUGUGCGAAGAUAAAACGGGGGGAAUCAGAAGGAAGCGACAUUUCAUUUCCAACGUUGGAUAGCCAAGUGCCUCAUGUACACGAGUGUACGUAUUCUUAAUGGUUUCCAAUUAUUUUUAAUUGCCCAGAAGCUCGUGGUCCCUUUUGACUAGUUUUAACAGAGCACGACUUGUGAGGCAAAAAAUGUGUAUUUUUGCGCUCGAGAGAGCUGCUGCGACCUGCCGCUUUCGUAUGUCAAAUUUGAAUUUUUCUGCGAAAUUUUUAAACCUUGGUAUCGGUGUCGCACAGUCAAUCUGUUUUCCUGCAGUCCUUUAUUAAAACGGUGGCAGAGGUUUCGAAGUCAGGAAUCCCUGCCUCGGAUUUCAUUGUUACAGAUA